UGUGGCAAGAAAUCUUUUUGGAAAAAGUUGGAUUGUGCAUGUCUCAAAAAAAUGGCGAUUGUUAAAUUUCUGUUCAGGUUUUGAAAGCACAAUCUUCAGGCACAUAUUUAAAACAUUAAAUAUUUGUUGUUGUGUAACUGUGAAUAAAACCUAGGAUGGCCGAUGCGAUGGUAGAGCGGAGGCCGACCGCUAGAUUUUUCUGCCACAGGUGUAACAUUGAAUUUGAAGAUGUUUUGCAGGAUUACACAUGCCCAUACUGCGCCAGUGGAUUCAUAGAGCUCCUAGUGAACGAAUCAGAAGAUGUUGUACGGCUCCCCGGAGACGAUUUUAGCGACGCAGACAUGAGCAACAUCGAUGACAUGAGCAAUCUGGACGACAUGAGCAACCUAGACGAUUCCGAUGAUAUGCACCAAAGCGCGCCACCAAUGCUAAACGACUUGGCGUUUCUGAUGUCCGGCGGCCGGUUGCGAGGGGCAUCGACCACCGGUCGGCGUGAGACGUUUAUGGACCAGCUCGUGUGGAUGAUCGGCGGCGGAAGGCAAGGCACCGGCGCCGUCACGGCAGGGGCGCCCUUUGUACUGGUCGGGGCGCCUGGGGACUACGUGUUUGGAGGCGAAGCUAGGAAUAUGGGCGGCAAGGCACCGGCGCCGUCACGGCAGGGGCAGGGGCGCCCUUUGUACUGGUCGGGGCGCCUGGGGACUACGUGUUUGGAGGCGAAGGAAUAUGGGCGGCAAGGCACCGGCGCCGUCACGGCAGGGGGGCCCUUUGUACUGGUCGGGGCGCCCGGGGACUACGUGUUUGGGGGCGAAGGCUUAGACGCAGUAGUGACACAAUUGCUCGGCCAACUGGAGAACUCGGGCCCGCCGCCGCUGCCGCGCGAGCGUAUAGCCGCGUUGCCCAGCGAGUGCAUCACGCAGGAGCAAGCCGACGCCAGCGCCGCCUGCUCCGUCUGCUGGGAGAACUUCCAGCUGGGUGAAACAGUGUCCCGGCUAGAGUGCGACCACAUAUUCCACUCGUCGUGCAUCACGCCGUGGCUGCAGCUGCACGCCACGUGUCCCAUCUGCCGCCGCUCGCUGCUGCCGGCGCAGGCCCCGCCCCCCGCGCAGGCCCCGCCCCCCGCCCAGGCGCCGCCCACCUCCGAGGCCGAGGGACCAUCAUUCUCGCAAAUAGUAGUCCGGCGGGUGGGUCUUCGCGGGCGCGACGCGAGCUCGGGCUCCGGCUCGGGCUCGGGCUCGGGCUCGGCGUCGUCGGGCUCGUCGUCGUCGUCGGUGGCCGCGUGGCCGCACUCGGCCUCGUCCUCGGCGUCGGAGCGCGAGCGCUACAACAUGGACAUCGACUACGACUAGUGCGGACUUGCUAGUGCGUCGCCGGGACUGAAGACGUGACUCGAGUUCCGAAUGCGUUUCGUAUUUGUUUUAGCGGUGAAGUGAUUUUGGAUGGUGUAGCGUCGCGUCCAAACUGUAACGGCACGUUUUAGCGAGUUUUGUUAAUGGACGAUAUGUGCUAAUAAGACUUCUGUGGGCGUGUAUAACUAAAGUUAUUAUAAUGUUACAUGAUUUGGACGCUCCUAUGAUUUGAAUCCAAUGAAAUAUACUCGAUUGAGUAACAAACGCUACAUUGUCUGAAACGUAUCACUCGAACGCCAUUCUAUGAUAAAUUUUAAUUCUUUGACAAUAUGCUACAUACUGAUGUGAAAUUAUUGAUUGCGAGAUCGUAUUGUAAUUAGUUGUAAUUAGAGUUUACUGACAGCAAGCCGAAUCUCGCGGAAUGCGAUUUUGCGCGUUGUCGUCGCACUAUGCCGUUUUGGACUCGCGUCGAUAAUAAUAUGCUAACAUAUCAAGUGAUUAUAAAGUUGGGCCAUUAAAUUAAGUGUUACUGUUCAAUUAUACUAUUCCAGGGGUAUUUUACACGCUAAACAUCUAUCCAAGGUAUUUAUGAUACUCAAUGUUUAUUUGUCGAGUGAUAUAAAGUUCUUCUUUUUAUCUCUAAAGUGCCAUUGGAAAAAUAUGUCUAUGAGUACAAAAUUAAUGCAUUGUAGUCAGUCAAACCCUGGAAACAGUAUAGUUUAGCGGUAGUUCACAGUACGAGUCGGCUAUGAACGACACGCGAGGAAAUCGUAUUACUUCGUGAGUACAUUUGAAGUUUUUUUAAAUUUGGUGCUGCGUCGAAACUUGAAAGUUAAUAUCUUAAACAAAAUAUUUAUUUCGUUGUCCAUGCGUGGAUUUUAAAUUAAAUAUCGUCUUAAGUGAUUGGUAACCGGAUUAUAAAUUGCUGAUAUUAUACUAUUUCUCAAUUUAAGGGACCACCAUCUUGAUUGCAAUAAAUUAAAUUAAUCUUUGUGUGUGUAGUAAUAUGGCAGAUUUUUGCUAUGUUAAUACAAUUGUAAUUUCACAGACAUAAUAAUUGAUGUUUACAUGGUUUAGUAGCACUUGUAGAAUUCUUAAAAUCAAAAUUGAUCCGUAAUAACCGCAUAUAAGCGCUCGGUAAAGAAUGUUGGUAAUUCAACUCGAGGAAUACGCUGUCGUUUGUCCGAUUGCGACCUCUAGUGUAAAUGUUGUAAAUAAUAGUAAUGUAGGUCUCGCGUCGCCGUGUACAGAGCAGUGCGACGUCAUAACGAAGACUGCUGAAAGUCAAAUUAACACUUAUCGUCCUCCAUUUAUUACUAUUCCCAGAAUUACUGCCAAUUAGUACUAAUAAUCUGAGUGUUGGCGCUUAUUCUAACUAAAUAAAUUCUUGUUAUUUUCUUCCGUUAAACUAUCCAUAAAAAGGUAUAAACUUUCCCUAACUAUUAGUUAAACUAAGUAUUUUUUCCCACCUUCAAAUCAGAUUUAUCUCUGGUAAAGUGGGAAAUAAUUUCCCAAUUACUCCAAUAGCAUUAUAAUCGGUUGUAGUUCUGGGAAUAAGUGUUUAGUUUCAUGUAAUUUAUUUGAUGCCAGACAUUUGGUGUUAGUUCCGCUUUCAGCCGUUCGUGUAGCUUGGGGCAAUAAGUUCGCUUGGGGAGCGCCCUGCGACGUCUAGACUACAGCGCAAGUGCCAGACAUCGGUCCCGGCUCCCUUGUGUUAGGACAACUAAACAUUACUGAGACUAUACGGCAGUGGGAAUAUAGUUCCCACCAUAUUUUGAACUUUAUUCCCUUGUCUUAAGGUCCAAAAACAAUGAAAAUUUGGACUUGUUAUGCCCAUAGGCUUGGUUCCAAACAUUGUGCCGAUAUCACCCUAUAUCCAUAGUCGAUAUAAUAAAUACAUUAUGUAAUAAUAAAAAAAUACUAUUGUAAAUAGAUUUCUUAUUAUUUAUUAUUAUUUGACAAAUGUGCGAGUAUAAGUGUGUUUUGAUGUUAUAAACUUAGUGGGCUGGCUAGAUAUAGUAUAACCAAUACUUAUAACAAUAUGAAAUAAAAUUAUAUUUUGUAUUUUUCAUAUGACUUAAAAAUAGACUUAUUAUUGUAUCACUUGAUCGCUUAAAAUAAUUAUUAGUGCUAUAAUAAAAUACCUACUAUAAAAUGUUAUUUCGAAGAUAUAAUGUUAGAUUGAAGAAUAAAAUCUGAGCUACCACACGGCGCAAACUGUUCUAGGCUGUGAUUUUGUUUUUUUAUCUUCGUAAUAUCAAAAUUUUCUUAGCGUUACUUGUAGUUUUUAUUGUGAGCGGCUAUGGUGCUUCCAAUACAAUGAUGUUCCAAUAGGAUUAUACAUAGUGCACUUGCGAGGAAAUAGAAGUAAUAAUUUUCCAAAAGAAGUUACGUGAAAAGUUUUGUGUGUAAGAGAUAAAAAACAAAAUUACAUAGUCAUCGUAACUUGUCACCUAAGAGCCGGGGCCCGCGUUUCGCAUUUAAACUAUGUAUAUGUAUUAUAACGAAUAGAAUGUACCAGUGAUUAUAAAUUAUUGUUAGUAGAUUGCGUGAAAACAUCAAUGUAAUAAAUAAUUAAUAACAAACUUCAAUUUUAUAGUUAUUUUUUUACGUGUACAUGGUACACCUUUCAGGAGAUCACUAAGGUUGCAACUGUAUACUUAUAAUGGACAUGAUGCCAGUUAUAUCAGAAAUGGUCAACUGUGUUUAAUGAGUUUUUAAAACAACUGUCCUAAGUCAAGUUACACGUUCAAGGCAUACGCUUAUUUUUUUAAAUUUCUUCAUUACAUCUCUGAACUUUACAAAAAGUUAGAUGAACCCUUUUGCGUUAACAGUAGUAAUCUCAGAGCAGCAACUCAACUUGCAAUGUUUUGAUGUGACCAUUUCUGAAUUAAUUGACUUUUACACAAUGCUUUUUAUAGAAGUGAUGGAUAGAUAGGGAUUAGUAAAAAGCCGCCGAUACCAACAUCGGCAAAGCAAUAGUUUGAAUGAUGUACACAAUGCUUGUAGUCGAAUCGUAUUGAUAGGGUCCGUGGAACCACGAGCGAUCGUUAAACUAGGAUAGCUGGCAUUUAUCAGACCACAAUAUACAAUGUCAAAGGGAUACUACGCAAAAUAAUUUGAAUAAAGUAAGCUCAGAGUUAUGAGAGGAAUGAGGGUUUUCGCCUAUGAAAAAUCAGCUAGAUGGCGGGACGUGGAUGUGGGGUCUGACUGCUGCGUGAUUUGACAUAUCUGUCAAUGUCAUGUCAAAAAUAACCAAUCAUGCAGCAUUUGGACCUUGCGUCUACGUAUUGCCAUCUGGCGGAUUUUUCAUACGCGAAAACCCUCAUUCGAUUCAAAUUCAAACCUGUCAAAUUGGUUUCAAUAUUUUUACCAAACACGGGAGUAGAAUGAAAUCUUGAGAUUUGUGCGGCGAUUCCUAUUGCCUGUAUCUCUCAUACGCGAUUGAAACUAAAGGAGAGAGGGAGAUGAAAUGAUACGAUGUAUUGAAAAUUCGAAAUUGUUUUGCGCAGUAGCCCCUUAUUAGUUUCUGUAAAUAUAUCGCUGAUUAAGGGAAAUAAUUACAUACAUUAGAAGUUCCUAAGUCGUUACGUCGACCACAUUUUAUCCAGAUUGCUCCGAUAAGCUAUUUUUUUAAUCAAAGGAAUGACGCCGUGCGGUUGGGCCAGUCAUAGGCGUAGCUUGGACGUUACGUUUGCCAAAGAAAAAAUGUAGAUAGUGUUGCCACUUGCCAGCCAUUGUACAGCCUACCUGCGUGGUAGUAUAGUGUUUAUUUGUCUAAUCUGAAUUUAAAACACAUUUUUUUACAAUAAAAAAAAUGGUGCCAUCAAAUUUUACAAUUAAUGUUUUUAAUUUUGUGAAGCGAAUUCGUGACGUGUUUUUUCUUUGGCAAGUAACAAAUUGUAAAGUUUUUCUGUCAAUCUUUCAUAACUUAGAUUAGGAGAAUUUGUUGGAUUGUAUGGCUAGUAAAUUAUUAUUGGGUAGACAUGGGGUGUGUAUGAAUGUAACUUCUUCGUGAGAAUUGAUUUGCUCAACUGUAAACAUAAAUCUAUUGGGAUUGAAUAAUUUCACUAAUGCAAUGUUUUAAAUUUUGCCAUGUUUAUUUUGUAUCAUAUUUUGUUUGCUCUAGUUAGCUAUCAGUAGCUACGGCAUAAUGUUUUUUUCUGUGCAACCGAGUGAAAGAUUGUGAUCUUAUUAUUUUGUUUCGUUAGCCACAUAUUAUAAAUAUGGGAUGUGUGUACAAAUGCGGGCAAACUUUUAGUUGAUACUAUUAUUGUAAUACGCAUCAUAAAUUCUAAUUAAAAAGUGAUCAUAAAAAAAAAAUAUUAAAAAUAUUUUUAUAAGAUCAGUCACCUAAAUUUUUGCCUGCAAUCUAAUAUACAAUCUGUAUAAACAGGAACAUUCCUGUGUUAAGCUUGUGAGAAGAAUAUACUUUUUACUCUAGAUAAAUAUGUAUAACAUUUCAUUUAUUGAUAGGGUCUUUUUCACUUCUGUUGAACUUAUUAAAAAUAUUUUAUGACAUAA